AUGUUGUACUUUUAUGGAGUGGUUACUCUGAAUCUGGUUGCUGACUCUUGUUUCCACUUUCUCUCACCCGUCUCCACAGUGGACUCUCCUUCAAACUUAAGAAGCCGAGUUUUUCUUUCAAUGAACAAACAGCACACUGAUCGGGUUACAUUUUAUUACUUUUACAGCCAUGUGAGUGGCAAAUUAACAGCUGGCCUUCAAACUGCCCCUGCCGGUCCUGUCCAGCUGCUGUGGCAGAACACAGGGGCCCCAGAACAGUGGGAGAGAAAUGUCAUCAAAGCCCAGUGCUCCCAGAAACUUCCGGUUGUUUUUCAAGGUCGAAUGAUUUCAACUCAGAAAUGGGACAAAGCCAUAGCUACUGAUGAAGUAUCUUUCAGUUCAGGCUGUUUGCCUGCAAAUGGAUCAAUGGACUGUAUGGAUGUGGGUCACAUUGACUUUUACAAGGAAACUGAUAGAAGGAAUUUGAAUGGCGUGGUCAAAGUAAAUGGUGUGUUUGAAGAGAAGAAAUGGACUGUGUUUCCAGAAAGUGACAUUGAAGCAAAUAGCUGUGGUUGGUUUGAAGCAAUUAGCGGUGACCAUUUUGACUGGGUAUGGAGCUCUAGGAGUACACUUUUUGCCAAUUUUGAGCAAAAGGCCCCAGCCAGUGAUCAUACUCACAAUACUGCUCAAGGGAAUUUUAUGCUCAUUCCGAAGAAGAGCAGCAGCUUAUUACAAGCUGCUAAACUCCAGAGCCCAACUUUCAGCCAGAGAGGAACAGGAUGCGUGCUUUCUUUCUGGUUUUAUACCUGUGCAUCAGUGGGAGCAGCUGUGCUUCAGCUCCGUGUGCAAAACUGAUGACUCCUCGGUACUCUGAGAGCAGUACAGAACCAGGGCAACCGGUGGUCACAGGCAACUGUUCAGCUUGGGUGCCUUACUUGACUCUUCUAUGUGUCAUUAGAAAAAGGCAGUCUUGGCAUUUAUGAUGGGGUCUCAGCUAUUAAUGACUUCGGUUUUGAAAACUGUGCCCUUCCCCUCCCCACGAAAUGCUAUGAAGGGCCAGAUCAUUUCUGGUGUGGACACACUAAGACCUAUGGAAAAUUUCAGUUAUGUGAUCUGGUGGAUGAUUGAGGUGACGUUACUGAUGAGUCAGGGCACGUGCCUGGGUUGCAGGCCGUUUAUUUUGAAAAUGGAGUUUGUUACUGGGAACAAGAUACGAAAAGUGAUUUUGAUCGGACCAGGAACUAGGCUCCAACUUCAACACUUGAUACAGGGCCAAUGAAGGAUAAUACUUUGGGCACAGCUCAAGGACACUAACUCUACAUGGAAUCUUCAGAGCCACAGGUUUUCCAAAACACAGCUGCUUUACUCAGGCUGCUCCCUAAAGCCACUGUUAGAGAUGGCUGCACCUUCCUCUUCUAUCACCACAUAUUUGGGAAGCACAGUCACAGGCUGGCCAUCUACCAGAGAAUCCAGAGCAAAACAAGGAGGAAGCUGCUAUCACAGAUAUUUAGGAAUCAAGGCAACAGAUGGGUAAAGAAACACCUCCACCUUUCCACCAAGCUGCCUUUUGAGAAUUUGUUAGAGACUUCAGUGGGAGAUGGCUUCACAGGAGGGAUUGCAGUUGGUGAUCUGUUUUUUAUGGGCUAUAACCUCUAUCCUUGUAAUUUACCAGUGGACCUUCCAAGUCUGCCAGAAACUUCAAUCCCAGUAACAUGACCUGCACAUACCUGCACAGACGGUGAAUUUGCCUGAGGGUCCGAUGACCACUGCGCUGAACACAUCUGGAAAUGCGAUUUUAGGAACGGCUGCCCUGACAAACCAGAUAAAUCACUCUGUGCAAUGGAAGUUUGCAACUUUGGAAAAGGAAGCCUGUGUAAAUGGUGCCGGCCAAUCCCUGAAGAUUUAAUUCCAGAUUCGAACACACUCAGGUGAGCACCUUGCAAUGGAAUCAGUAUUCAUCAUGGGGAAGAAAGCCAUAGGUCAUCCGUGGAUCAUACAAAAAAUACCACAGAUGGCUGGUACCCAUAUGCUGAUCGCUCAAAUGGAGAAUCAGGUGACACGGCUGAGGCCCUCACUCCUGUUCUUUCCCUCACGGGACCAAAAUGCACCCUGGUCUUCAGGACUCAUGUGAAUGGUGCCUCUGUUGGUCCUCUCCAGGUACUCAGCAAGAAAGACAAUGUUACUUCUAAACUGUGGGCUCAAAGUGGAGAGCAAGGUGCACAGAGGAAAAAUGAAGUGUUGUUAGGCAUUCAUUCAGAAACACAGAUUGUCUUCAGGGCAAAACACAGUGUCCGUUACAUGUGGGAUGUAGCAGAGGAUGACAUUUCCUUUCAAAAUUGUACUCCAUUCCUCAGCCCAGACAGGAAAUGUACUGCUCAAGAAUUCAUAUAUGCUAAUAAGCACUGCAUUGCACAGGGCAAGUUGUGUGAUUUUGCGAACGAUUGUGCUGAUGAUUCAGAUGAUACUACCUUCAUGUGCAGUAAGUGAAAUGAGCUCUGUGAUUCUGAAUUUGAUCUUCAUUCCUGGGAGCAGCAGCAGGAUGAUGACUUUGACUGGCAUCUUAAAAUUAGCCACUUCCUGGCCCCAGGCACAGGGCCAGUGGCUGAUCACACCUUGUGAAAUUCGUCUGGUCAUUACAUCUUCAUAAAGAGCCUGUUCCUUCAGCAGCCCAUGACAGCAGCCAGAAUUUCAAGCCCAGUCUUAAGUAGAAGGAGCAAAAACUGAAAGCUAUGGAAAAAAACCAGAAAUAUUAUAAUAAUUUUUCAUGAUCACAUCUAUGAAAAUGGUUUGGGCCUCCUCUUGACCCAGGUAUCUGUCUCAAACCAAACAAAGAUCCCAGUUCACCUCCCUGGAGUAGGUGACUUCUGGCAGUGGAAGGGACUAACUCCAUCUGGUGAUGAGGAUGUCCGACUCAAAUCUGAAGGCAGAGUUGGCAAAGAACUGGCUGAUAUUACACUGGACAACACUGUGCUCACGAAGAGUUGUAUACCAUCCCAGCAGUCCAUGAAAGGACUCCUAGUAGUGCCUCUCCCAAAAGGUUGCUGCCUGCAUGGGUAUCAGGAAUGUCAGAAUGACAAAUGCUAUAAGCCAGAGCAAAGCGGUAGUUCUGUAGAUGACUGAGGAGAUUCUACUGAUGAAAAUGAAUGUAGGAGCUCCAGUACUUUUCAACUCCUGGUUGAAAUUUGGGUUUUGGGGAUUGGCUCUCAACCAACCCUAAGACCUCCCAAAGACUACACUCUUGGAAAUGAAAACGAUAGGCACUUCUCGUGUCUGGAGGCUACUCCAGUGGGCCUUCGGGGUGUGCACCUCAAGAGUGCUGUGUGGCAAGAACCCAGUGCUGCUUGCAUCAUGAGCUUCUGGUAUUUCAUAUCUGCAACAGCCACCGGGACCAUUCAGAUUCUCAUUAAAACAGAGAAAGGACUAUCAAAAGUAUGGCAAGAAAGUAAGCGGAAUUCUGGUCUUCGUUGGCAAAAGGCUGUCAUCCUGCUAGGAAAACGAAGAGAUUUUAAAGUUCUAUUUCAGAUAUCGACAAGAGAUCUCGGAGGAAGAGCUGCAAUCAAUGGCAGUGAAUCUAAAAACUGCGUGACUGGUACGUGUCUGACAACAUUCCCAUUUGGAAGCACACUUGUAAUCUAG